AUGCAGCGUCUCAACCACACAACCAGUGUGAACGUGUCUCUGCAGCAGAGCAUCAUGGCCAUAACUCUACUCAUGGUCAACAUGAAGCUGAGUUCAACAAAAUUUCUGAUCAACAGUCUGCGGCUGUCAAUGACGUUACAAAACCAACCAAUCAGGUGGAGUUAUGUGAAGGCAGUUGUCCAAUCAGAUACUCCGGCUCAGGACCUUAAAGUUGGUCUCCUGCCUUCUUCAGAUCAUAAUCACCUACACCGAGACAAAAUGACGUCCAUUCUGAGGGUUCUAGGUGUGAUCCUGAUCUGGACUCAGGUUAAGACACAAUCUCAACCUGAAUUCUCUCAAACCACAACACUUGGAGCCACAUUACAUGUAAACUGUCAAGUCUACAGUGGUUCAAGAACUGUGGUCUGGUACAAACUGGACUCCAGCAGGAGACUACACCUGAUGGCAUCAGCAAAUCCCCGUAAAGGUCAAAAUAUCUACCAAGAUUCACGUUAUUUAGUGCAGUCUUCUGAAGACAAUACCAUUUUGAGUGUAUCCAGUGUGACCUGGGAGGACGCCGGCACAUACUACUGUGGAGUCAUGAAUGAGCACGAUGUCAACUUUGAAUCAGGGACUGUGGUGGUGGUUGAAGGAAAGUCCAGACCUCCACCAUCCGUCCUGUCUGUGCUCCAGAGUCCAGACUACAUCAGAGUGCAGCCAGAAGACUCUGUGACUCUCAGCUGUUGGUUUAAUACAAGCCUCUGUACAAAAGACCACAUCAGUGUCCAGUGGAAGAAAAAGAUUUCUUCUUCAGAAACAAUGUCAUGGAGCAAUGGAACCAAGAAUAUCAUCUGUGAGAAACAAGUCAACACUGGAGAAACUUCAUGUGUUCAUACCCAGACCUGGAGUGACCUGAGUUCUGCUGAAGAUGAGAUGUUUGUCUGUGUGGUGACGGCCUGUGGACACACACUGCAGGGCAGAGGGACCAAAAUCCAGCCUCACGACACAGACUCCUGUAUAGAAGGAUCAUCUGUCGUGUUUUGUCUGAGGCCAACAGUCUUAGCAGUGAUUGGGUUGAGCACUGGUCUUGCAGUUCCCCUGCUUGGGCUGGUAUGUGUGCUGUGCAGAAACCACCAAAAACAAGAGCCAGACACUGGCCGUGGAGUUCAUCAGGACAACCAGGCUGAAGAUGGAAUCAUCUAUGCACGGGUGAAUGUAGGCCCCAGCAGAGGCUCAAGAGAAACCUCCUGA